CAUCCAAGUUCAGAAGCAGCUCAUUGCUCAUGCUCCCAAUGUCUAAAAAUUAAGGACUAAGGACAAAAAACUAAACUUUGAUGGCAUCCUGCUGGUAAAGUUUACAUCAUUCAUUCACUGCCAAUAUCUGAAUCACACAGCAACGACAAUGAGCCUCUUAUGGCUGCGUUGGCGGCUGGGGCGUGCCGCUCUGAGACGGGCGUUCUCCUGCUGUGCACGCCGCCCUGCCGCCUGGUCGGAGCUCAGCUCCGGUUCGGUGGAGGUGUCCCUGGGCGGGCGGCCGGUGCGGCUGGCCGUGGGCGAGCUGGCGCGGUUCGCGGACGGCAGCGCCACUGCCCAGGACGGCGACACGGCAGUGCUGGUGACGGCGGUCAGCCGGCCGCGGCCCGGCCCGGCGCCCGGCUUCCUGCCACUCACCGUCGACUACCGGCAGAAGGCGGCCGCCGCUGGCCGGAUCCCCACCAACUUCCUGCGCCGGGAGCUCGGGCCCAGCGAGCAGGAGAUCCUCACCAGUCGGCUGAUCGACCGCUCGCUGCGCGCUCAGUUCCCGGCCGGCUACGCGGCUGACACCCAGAUCACGUGCAACCUGCUGGCUGUGGACGGUGAGCGGCUGCCGGACGUACUGUGUGUGAACGCCGCCUCUGCCGCGCUGGCGUGCUCCGAUAUCCCCUGGGGCGGUCCGGUGGGAGCCGUCAGAGUGGGCUGGGCGGACGGCGAAGCGUUGCUGAACCCAGGCCGGCGGGAACUAGCCAGCAGUCAGCUCAACCUGGUGGUCACGGCCGGCCCGAGGAACACGGUCGUCAUGCUGGAGGCCUCGGCGGACAACAUUCUACAGACUGACUUCAUGCACGCCAUCAAGCUCGGCGUCAAAGAAGCUCAGAAUGUAGUGCGUGGUGUGCAAGAGCUGGCGCAGAAGCACGGUCGACCGAAGCGCGAGUUCACCAUACCGACCGUGGAUGACGAACUGGAGGACUCUGUUCGCAUGCUGUGUGAGACGCGUUUGGAGGCGAUUCUCACUGAUCCCCGGCACGAUAAGAUCUCCCGUGACGAGGCUGUAUCGGCUGUGCGCACUGACGUUCUGGAGAAGCUGCGAGCGGACUCUGUGUCUUCCGGUGGUGGUGGCAGCGAGCGCCAUGCGGCCGCUACAGACGCGUUCAACCGCCAGUUCCGCGCGCUGUUCCGCCGUCUGGCACUGGAGCGGAGCACCCGCUGUGACGGCCGCGCGCCUGACGAACUGCGCGACAUCUCGUGCCGGGUCGGUCUGCACGCACCUCUUCACGGGUCGGCGCUGUUUCAGCGGGGUCAGACCCAGGUGAUGAGUACGCUUACCCUCGACUCGGCCGAGGCAGCGCUGAAAUCCGACCUCAUGUCGGUCAUCACGCAAGGCAUCAAGCCGAAGAACUUCAUGCUGCACUACGAGUUUCCGCCGUACGCCACGAAUGAGACGGGUCGGCCGGGCGGUCUGGGUCGGCGGGAGCUUGGCCACGGGGCGCUGGCGGAGCGUGCGCUGCGUGCCGUCGUACCGGAACCGUUCCCGUUUGCGCUACGUCUAACGGCAGAGGUGCUGGAGUCCAACGGCAGCUCGUCGAUGGCCUCUGUGUGCGCGGGCAGCCUCGCUCUGAUGGACGCCGGAGUGCCAACCACAUCAGCCGUGGCCGGAGUGGCCAUUGGUAUGGUGAGCCGACCCGACCCCGAGUCAGCCGAUAGGCCGGGCGAGUACCGCCUCCUCACAGACAUACUCGGAAUCGAGGACUACUGCGGCGACAUGGACUUCAAGCUGGCCUGUACCCACUCGGGCGUGACGGCGCUGCAGGCUGACUUCAAGCUUCCCGGCAUGCCGCUGCCUAUCAUCAUGGAGGCAAUUUUGGCCGGCCGAGAGGCCACCAAGAAGAUCCUCGCCAUCAUGGGCCGCACGCUGGCUCAGCCGCGGGUGAAGGGUAAAUCCAACUGGCCGGUGACGGAACAGCUGACGGUGCCUCCUCACAAGCGUUCGCGGCUUGUGGGUCCCGGCGGCGUCCACCUCAAGCGACUGCUAGCCGAGACCGGUGUACAGGUGACUCCAUUCGACGACAGCACGUACACUGUGUUCGCGCCGAGCCCGGCUGCGCUGGAGGAGGGUCGCAAAGAGCUGGAGCGGCUGCUAGAGGACACAGCUGAGCCCGAGUUUGAGUUCGGCGCGGUGUACCAGGCGGUGGUGGUCGAACUCCGCGAGUCGGGCGCCGUGGUGCAGCUCCACCCCCGCUCGGCUCCCGUGCUCGUGCACAACAGUCAGCUGGACGCCAGGCCGGUGCGGCACCCGAGCGCACUGGGUAUCAAUGUGGGGGAUGAACUGCAGGUGAAAUAUUUCGGCAGGGAUCCCGUCAGCGGCCACGUGAGGCUCUCCAGAAAGGUGCUGAUGGCGCCUGCUAGCGGCAGGGUGCGGAACUUGCAGCCGAAAGACGUGGAAAAGGCGGCGUGACGGGUGAGUGUAGCCAUUGCAAAGUUUGUGUUUUUAGGAAUAUUCGAAUUAAAAGUGCUCCGAUGCUUAAUUGCCUGAAGUGUUACGCAUAGAAGGAUUGGAGGACCUAACUGCCACCAGUGCUGGAUUCCCUGGCAGCAAGUGAUCUGGGAGCUGUUAAUUGAAUGUUGUUGUGUUUCAAAGGCAAGGCUUAUGAUUGUGUCAUUAAAAUGUGCUACGCUGAGCUUGUGAAUGACUCGAAAUGGCAUUACUGUUGUUGAUGCGAUUUGGUAAAUAUCGAUGGCUAGUGCUGCCAA